AUGGUCUUCUAUUCCUGGGCCGGCAUCAAGAAACCUCUUUCCGGAGCCUGUCCUGGUCCUUGUCCCCUGCCUUGUCCUGGUCCUGAUCCGCUGCCGCCACCUCCUGAUCCUCCCAGUCCCCCUGGUCUGCCUGUUCCACCUCCUCCUCCGCCUCCUCCACCGCUGCCCGAUCUGCCCCCGUAUCUGCCACCAAGUCCACUUGAUCUGCUCAGGCCACCACCCGGGUUCCUGCCCAGUCUGCCUCCUUCUCCACCACUGCCACCGCUGCCCCCGCUGCCUCCAUGGAACCCUCCGUUACCUGGACCAGAUCCUCCACUGUGCCCUGCCGUGAUGAAGAUCGGUAUCUGCGAGGCGAACACUGAUCGAGUCCCAGUUAUGAGCUCCAAGGGUCGCUGA